UACCUGUACAUUGCAAUGGAAUCGUUGCUUUGUUUAUUUCUAAUUACAAUGUUCGAUGUACGUCCGAAUUGGUGAAUCUCCUAAAAUCAAGCACAAAAAUAUUCGGUCUUCGUUUGAUACCAAGAAUUGUAUUGUUUUCAUACGUUUGAAGCUACCAAGGCAAUAAUGGGUCUUCGAUGCAGCAUCAUGGUUCAAUUAUAAAAAUUGAUAAUUCAAUGUUUGUGCUGCAGAAUAUGACUAGAAAACAUGUUAUUGAAUGCGAUAAAUUGAGCACCGCAUGACAUAGCGAUCUAAAAAAUUGGGCGAAUGUGCCCAUUGACAAUUAGUGCGGAAUGUUAAGUGAAUAAUGUGAUUAGAUACUGUAAAAUAAUAAAAAAAAAACGCCCUUUAAAAGAAAGCCCUGUUAUAAUCCAGUUUCUAUUGGGUUAAUUAUGUAUCCUUCAGUGAGUUUAAAAUCGCCUGAAAACUCGGUCUGGUUACCAACUGGAGUGUGCUUAACCGUGCUAAAGGUGAAAGUUAGCUGGCGCGUCCUCUUUAGAUGUAGCACCAUGCAAAUGUAAUGAAGAAGAAGUAUAAUCGAUAUUGGAUAAGUGAUUAGACAUACUAAAUAAAUAUCGGUGUUUGCUUGUGUAAACAUGCUAGAUAGCUUGAGAGUCGUGAUAAAAUAUCAACCAUCGUAAAACAUGGAAUUGUGUAAAUGCUGCUGUAACAUAAUGAAACCAAUCUUACAGAGACAGAUUGUAGAGAUCCUGUACAACGGUCUAUUUAACUAGUGAAUAUAGUUGUGCAUUCUAUUGUAAAUGUGUGUUAAGUGUUAAAAGAUAUAACUUCGUCAUUUUCGAAUAUCGAGUGUAUGUAAUUGGAUCAACAAUUAUAAUAAAAUGCAGGUCGCAAUUUGUGGCGAAACAAAAUCCAUUACAUAAAGCUAUUUUUAUCAGGUCUUGAAAUGAUUCACACCCAUUUUGGACCGGCUUCCGUCGACAAUUACCAGCCACAAACGCUCUAUCAGCAGCAACAAAAGCGAAAGCAACAGGAGCAACAGCAUCAACCCUCACAACAACAGCAGCAGAAACAACAAGAUCAGCUGCAUCCGCAGCAGGAGGAGCAGCAACAGCAGGAGCAGCAGCAACAACAGGAGCAGCAGCAACAGCAUGAGCAGCAGCAGCAGCAACAGCAACAGCAGAAGCAGCAACAACAGGAGGAAGAACACCACCAUAGUCAGCAGCAGCAGCAGCAACAAAAACAACAAGAAGAAGAACAACAACAAAAUCAACAACAACAACAACACAUUUCUACAAUUAUUUGCAACCCCCCACCAUCAAUAAUUAGUACUUCAAAUGGAACAACAAUGUGCGUUGCCAAACUUAUGAUUGGGCUGGAUCAUGCGCCACCAGCAUUUAAUGUACGAUCGCGCGUCCUGGGUGAUGGAGGCACAAAUUUAAACUACAUACGUACUGAAACUGGUGCUAUAGUAACACUAAGAGGUCGGGGAUCAUUGAAUCUUGAACCACAAACUAUGCAGGAAGCUCCAGAACCACUGCAUUUGUUUAUUGAACAUCCGUUGUUGGAUGGUUUGCAGAAUGCUAAGCAGUUGGCAAAAAAUUUGAUCGAAACUUUGCAAGAAGAGCUCAGCUUUUUUCAGGAGAACACUAUACCUAAAGCUAAUUUUCGGUUAAUGCCCCAGCCAAGCAUAGUUCAAACAAACCAAGUUGCACAAAUGCCUCCAAUCAUAAGAACGCAACAUGUUACACAACCCAAUGGUAUUAUUCAUCAACCACCACCAACAGUUCUUGGUCCGCCACUACCAAGCUUUGUGCAGCAUCCUCCUGCUUUGCAGCAAAGUCAACCCCCUCCACCGCAAAUAAUUCAGCAGCCUCCAACAAUUAUACAAUCACAUGUGCCAUUACAAAUUCAUCAGCAGCCGAGUAAUGUAGUAAUCUCACAAAUCCAGACCACAGCGCCCCAGUCACAAAUUCCAAAUGUAAGCAACCCUCCUCCGGGGACGCAAAUACGACCUAUUGUGCAGAUAAAAAACACCCCUGCUGGCACUCAUUUGACCCAACCACCUCCAAGCAUACAAAUUCAACAGGCACCUCCUGAGGCUGCGCAGCAAAUAAUAGUAAACCCUGCCCCACCAUACCAAGUACAAUACAUACAGCAGAAUCCAUCCCUUCAAACUGCCAGUGGUCCUCAUUCGAGUGGACAGGUCACGAUUCAGCAUCUCAUUCAGCCCCAGUCACAGCCUGUCCAAGGCAUUGUACAGACAACAAUACCACCGCCUCAAUUUGAUCACUUUCAAAGACCACCACAAACCCAACAGAUAAUCACCGUCCAAGGAAGUACAGCGUUCAUGGUUCCGCCGCCAAAUAUUAUUCAUCAGACAGCACCACAAACACCAAACCAAAUAAUUUUUCAAACACAGCAACCAAUUCUAACGCAUCCUCCACCGGAGUUGACUCCACUGGGACCACAAGCAGGAAUAAUUUUAAAUGGGGCUGAAGCGAAAAAAGUUGUUGGCUCUACUGAGAUAAAAAUCAAGCCAGAACCGAUGAAGCUCGAUGACGGUCCUUCGACCGGAGCCAUCCUUCAGCAAAUUCCAACCAAUAGUCAACUAGCAAAAACAACUGUGAUUCCCGUAUCUUCAAUAGCGGGUAUACCAAUUAGCCAGCCGCCACCACCAAUCAUGUCUGUGCCUCCUCCUACUGUGCAACAUAUAGUCGGCAAUACAAUCAUUACUUCGCAGCCGAAUCCACCAAUUAGUCAUGGCGGGAUAUCGCAACAAAUAUUUAGUCAAAUUCCGGUAUCGAUUCAAUCUUUUACUCCCGCGACACCCCCACAACAAUUGCAAGUUAGCGGGUCCCAUUUUGUUGUAAGUGCUCCACAAGCAUGGCCUGUGGUAACUGCUUCGGCAGCAGGACAACAAAUACAGCAAUUACCAGUCAGUACGGUGCCUAGUAUUCAAAUUACUACACAACCCAUGCGAAACCCUAAUGAAAUUCAUAUCAUAAGUCAACCUACGAUUAUAAGUGCAGCAGAAUAUCGCCCGCCUGCAUCUCAACAACAGCAAAUAAUAGCUAACAGUUCAUUUAACCCUCAAAUACAGCCACCUCAGGGAGUACAAGUACAAUUUCACACGGUUCCGCCUCCUCCUCAGCAAAUCAUUACCAGCCUGGGCAAUGCACAGAUUCAACAUCCACCGCAAGCACCACAGUCGCAGCUGAUAGAAAACCAACGCGCACCUCAGCAUCAAAUUAUUAUAAAUGCCUCUAUUCCUCCGCAGCCACCUCCACCACCACCUUUCACAGCUCUACAAUACUCUGCGCAAGAAGUUUCAAAGCCUAAUGUUGAGCAAUUGCAACGUCCGCCACCUACACCCCAUCCUCCACAUAAGCAACUGCGGCAUAAUAUCAACACACAAACUAAACCACAUGCAAUGCUUCGACCUGGUCAGAAACGUAAAAUAUCGGACGAGGAUGUUAAUAAACUUAUGCCUCCCAAAAUCGGCUUGGGCAUGAUUUUCAAUACUUCACUUGUCAACGGAUGAUGAGAUCUGGCUUCAAACCUCCUGUGAAAAAACGAUGGCAGCAGCACGUUGAAGUGUUGGAAAUCAUGGCGAAGAAAUUAUGAUGGAAAUGAAAUAUUAUAUCGAUGUGGAGUAACAUUUUGCAUGCGAUGAAUAACAAUGUUUACAUUCGAAAGUGACUUGGAAACCCGUAUAUUGUAAAUAUAUAUCUUUUUUGUGGUUAUUAUGUUAACAAAUGGAUCAAAUGAUCUUCAAUAAAAAUCAGUUGGAAGCUGAACACAAUGAUUCGAUAUUGAUUUUGCUACAAUACAAAUAGGUUAAGUUGGAAUAAGGCCUAGGCCAGACAGACCGAAAAAUCCACUGAUUGGUAUUGAUGACAUUGGCAGGCGUUACCCGACGACAAUGAAACACGAAUUCAAACAUGAAAUAUGUUUGGAAUUUGACAUGUUCGAUAUGUUGGUUUUCAAAUUGAAUCUGUAAAAUCCCAAACAUUUUUCAUGUUCAAUGCAGUUUAUGAUUAGUACAGGAGCGUUUUUUUUGUCCGUCUGACCUCGACCUAAAACUAUUCCAAUAUUCGAGUGCAUUUUUAACUUAGUUAUGCAGUCGGAAGUCAAUAGUUGAACGUUAUUUAGUUGAUAUCCUUUUUAACUGAACGCUCAAUAGUUGGUUGACUUUUCCAUUAAAAAUGCUUUUGUAUGAAACACCGUGCCAAAUAAAAAGGCACAUUUUCAAUAAUCUGCAUGCAAUCUAAGUUAAACCAGUGCGAUCUGAGUAGCGGAAUUUGGGGCAAGUGUGCCACUUCAAGCAUUGCAUGUGAUAACUCACUAAAACCUGUUUGUCAAAGCUGAUUUAAAUCUCAUAACCAUUUUACAUCUAUUUUUUACCUCACUUAUAAAUGAGUUUCGCUUGAAAAAAGUGCAAAAUCUAAUGUUAAUUAGAACCUAAGCACGUUUUCAAUAAAACAUUUUAUAAAAAAAAAAAAAACAAAACUAUUUUUGAAGCGUUGGGGCAAGAGUGCCACACGUAUGGGGCAAGUCACCUGUUUAAAAUAAACGUAUUUCUUAGAUAAUUCAAAAUUGUCACGUUUGUGGCACUAGUUUAUGGUUUCCUACAUGCCUUGAGUCACCAAUGAACCCUUUUUGAUCACAAACUAUACUACAAUAUGGUUUGUAAUACAAUACUGUUCUGUUUUUCCGGGGUGGAAUCCGCUCAUAAUAGCGCACCAUACAACAAUAGCGCUGCACGUUACAACAAUGUUUACAUUUUUGACAGCUCGCGCUUAUGAAAGAUGGUGGCACACUUGCCCCAAAUAGAGGUGGCUCUUUUGCCCCAAAAGUUGUAACUUUUUUGGAAUUGGAUUUUUUCUCGGUUGAUUGUUCCCAUGAUUUUUUAGAGCUUAUUUGAUUUGAUUAAAAAACUAUAAUAUUCGGCUCAAUUUUGAAACUCAGUUCAAAACAGUUCAAAACAAUGGGAAAAUCGAUUGAUCGAUAGGAAAUUCGGCACAUUAUACCUAGUCAUUGGAACGCAAUCAACUGUAUACACAAUUGAUCAUUUAACUAAAGUUUUUUUUAUGGAAAAAAUGCUUGGCGGCACUCUUACCCCUAUGGCACACUUGCCCCAAAUUCCGCUGUGUGAAACAAAUGCAUUAUGACAAUUAUGUAUCUUUGUAAAUCUCUUAUUAGACACAUUUUGAUUGUUUUGAAAAAAGUACUAUAUUUUCAGCCAAAAGCCCAGAUUGACUAGACAAGAAAAUGAGAUGGCUACUAAGCAAAACCUGUACAAAUUUCAAGCCGUUCCUAAUCUGUGUAGAGUCCAUCACUUAUUGUGUUAGUCAUGUAAAAAUAUUGUUAUUAUUAAUGUCUUUCUUUCUUGUCAGAUCCUAUUGUUGUUAAUAUUAGACAAAUAAUAAAAAAGAACAAUUUUAAUUUCUUUUA